GCAUUUUUUUUUUUAAAUAAAAUGUUGCCAUUUAGCAACACUGCGUAUUGAGCUGAAUGUCAGCUGUUUUUGUUUACUGCACCACUGAAGCGAACUAUUUUACAGCUGCUGGACAACUACGUAAAAUGUUUACAUUCGAAUAAUACAGCAACUUUGCAAUAAUAUGGAUUUUAAUGUGCACAAAAUAUGUCGCGUCUGCUUGGAGGAGGGGGCACCGAACCCAUUAACUUCCAUUUACAGCACCGAUUUCGCCAUGAUGCCCUCACAGAUGCUGAUGAUGUGCUCCAAAAUUCGCGUUUAUAAGACUGACGGUUUGCCAGGGAUUUGCAACAACUGUCUGUAUCGCCUGGGCGUCGCCUAUCAUUUUCAGCAGGAGUGCGAAAAUAGUGAUAUGAGACUCCGUCAAUAUCUGGGAUUACACGAGUCCUGGCGUCACGAUGCGGCCACUAACACUGAAUUCGUGGCAAACGAGAUUAAGCCAAUGCCGCAAGCCAAUCAUCCGCUCAACUCCAGUGACGACGAAGACGUUGGAGCCGAUGCAAUGAAACGCGGCAAGCGACGAUCGCGCUACCAACGCAAACCGCCCGAAAGUCACAAAAAACGCGGUCCAAAGCCGGUACCAAAACUGCCGCACACCUGCUAUGUCGCCACCUGCCACAAGAGCUUCAAGUGUGCCGCCCAGCUCACGCAACACAUUCGCACACAUACCGGUGAGAAGCCCUACGCCUGCAGCUAUUGUGCUCAGCGUUUUGCCCAGAAGCACAAUCUUAAGGUGCACGAGCGAACGCACACCGGAAACAAGCCAUUCCAGUGUGAGAUCUGCUCCAAGCAGUUCUCAGCGCUGGGCAACUUUCAGGCACAUCAGAAGAUACACAGCGGCGUGCGUGAUCAAAUCUGUUCGCUGUGCCAGAAGGCGUUUUACACGGCUGGUGAUCUGUCGAAGCACAUGAUUACGCACACCGGGAUUAAGAAUCAUCAUUGCGAUGUGUGCGGGAAAUCGUUUAGCAGGCGUCGCGACAUGCGUGCUCACAAACUCAAGUUGCAUCCACUGGAUGCGGGCACUGAGCAAGACAUCGUGGAUGACGAUGAUGACGAGGCCAUCGACACUGACCCUGUGGGCCUUGAUACAGCAUUAGAGCAUGCCCUCUUCAAGUGCCCCGACUGCGACAAGGCCUAUAACACAGCUGAGAGCUUAAGUCUGCACUUUCGCAGCCAUGCAGCGCACAAUAAUCUGUUGAAUUUACCGUUGCCACCGCCUGCACCGCCACCUCCCAUGACCCAUCAUUAUCAUCCGCAUCAUCAUCCCGCGGCGACGCCAUCAGCCACAGCAGCAGCAGCUAUGCAUCAUCACGAUGCACUGCAGCUGCACCAUCUGGCACCUCCAAACGCGGCCACCCAUCAAAUGGGCAUGGCUGCCAUGGCACACAUGCUCGCUCCGCCGCCGCCUCCUCCACCGACGCCCAGUGAGAGUCGCUACACAAUGCUGCAUCACACGGCGGCGCAACGCUUGCACUAUUAAUUUAUAAUACUAAGAUAUUCUUAUAUGAAUAAAAUACUUUUACUCUAUAAUCAUCGAGUAUUAAAGGAACUAAACUAAAAUUAGUUGGUAGAUAAUAUGAACACUUUUAUUUAAGCAGUACAUAUGUGUAUGUAUUUAUUAUGUAUAUGAAUACGUACGUGUGUUGUAUAUAUAAAAUGGAAUUGUUUGUUUGUCAUGUUAGCUUUGUAUUCUUUUUGUACAAUAAAUAUACAUAAAUUUGGCAAGCACAGCUUCUAUAAGAUCAUUGCUAAUUGUCAAUUGAUGUCAUUUAUAUUCAUUAUUACUCGCGCUUAAAUGCACAACUAAAUCACUUAUGUACAUAUGCACGCACAUGUUCAACUAUAUACUGAUAUUACAAUAUAAAUGCAUAAUGUCUUGUUGAAAAAAAUUACUUCUUGUUUUGUUACAUUUUUUGUUUGGUAUUGGUAUGUAUCGUUAUCGUUGGUAUUGGCUUU